AUGUCUGCUAGAAAUCAGGAUUUUUAUUUUUUUGUCGAUGGAAUAUGUGUAACGAGAAACAAGCCAAGAUGGGCUGAUCUAAACUUGUGGAGCGAAGAACUGGCAGUGUGGUCAUAUAAAAACUGUAAUCUCAAACUAACUAAGAAGGAAAGAAAGAAACAGGAUAUAAUUCAUGAGCUAUAUUUAACCGAAAAACAUCAUUGCCAAGUGUUAGUGAUCCUCCAGCAAGUCUACCAAGAAGGACUUCGCAUUAAUGGUAUUAUUAAUGAAGAAAAACGAAGCGAAUUGAUUCCUCCUGUACUUGACGCAUUACUUGACUUUCAUCUCAAUUUGUUGCGUCAGCUUCGAGACCAAAAACUCAAAUCAGAAAUAGUCGAUUCAGUUGCAAGUAUUAUUUACUCAGAGUUUGAAAAAGGAGAAAGGAAUCAAGCUGCAAUUCAUGCCUAUACUGAAUUUUGUUCUAAAUAUGAUCAGUGUGGCCGCCUUUAUGAUGAAUGGAUGAUAAAGAAUAUUGAACUUAGAAAAUUUUUUGAUCAAUAUGAACAAGAUCCAACGUAUAAGGGACGAACGUUCAAAAUGUGCCUGCUUCUAGUAGCUCAGAGGCUAACUAAAUAUCCAGUACUUGUAGAAAAAAUUGCUGAAAUGGAAAGUGAUUCUGCAAAAGAUGAAUGUUUAAGAGCUCAUCAAGCUGUAAAAAAAUUCGCGAUGCAUGUGAAUGAUGAAAUCACAAAAUUAGAAGUAAAUAAACGUUGGGACGUAGUUCGUUCACAAAUAGAUCAUUCUUCAAAAGGGCGAUUUGGCCCGAAUGAUUUUUUCACGUACGAUGAUCUUAUAUUAAAUGGAAGUGAAGAAGAACGUCGAGUAAUUUGCAUUGGUUCCGCUGUUUGCCAAAAUUCUCAAAAAAAACCUGAAGGCACUGAAGUUGUGGUAAUAUUGUUUGAUGAUAUCCUUAUUAUGUUGGCAAAUUCAAACAACAAUAAAUAUGUAUUUCACGAUCGUGGAUCUGGUGUAAUGAUUGCGCUAAAUAAAUUGUUAGUUCGUGAAGUUCCUCGAAGUACGAAAUUGUUUUUUUUGCUGUCUGAUGAUCCAUGUCCUGAUUUAUUUGUUGUAAGCUUUACAUCAAAAGCUGAUGUAGAUAAAUGGAAAAAAGCAAUUGAGUUAUCAAAGAGUGUAGCACCAAAGCAUGUUAGACGUGCAGCAGUUGCAAGUGGCUUGAAUUCGCUAGACGACGACCCGGAAGAAAGAAGACUCAGUCAAGAAUUUGGCCUCUGGGAAGGAAAACUACGUGAACUUUUUGGCAAGCUUUUAUUGUUGGGAUUAAAUCAAUUAGAAAAGCGAAUCAGAGAUGAAAAAGAAUUAUCAAAUUACAUUGAAAAACGAUUGAUAUGGUUUGAACAGCUUCGCUCGCAUAUAAGGAAGGUUCCGUUAAUCGAUCGAACGGAUGGGAAUCGACAUGCUGUGAGAGAAAAAAUCAAAAAUUUGGUGAAGACAAAAUUUGCUGAAUUACGUUCUGGAAGACGAAUCUCACUGAGUAAAGUGGCGGAACGUGCUGAAAAAAUGUAUGAAGACGAUUUCAUGUCAUUCUUUGACGAUGCUUAUGAUGCUGAUGUUGGUGCAGGAACUUCUGAUUCGAAUCAUUCAACUGAUCAAAGUGAAACUGAUGAGGGUCGUCCAAAGCUUCCAAAAAGAAAUCGAACUUUUAGCGGUAUUGGCGAACGUAGAAAAGGUGGUUCUGUAAGACGACAUACAACUGAGGCGAAUAUGGCAGAUGGAAAAACUUACAGCGAUGUUCAUGAUUCUGUAGCAGAAGAAGAAGGAAUGAUGAAAUUACCGUUGCUUUUGGGGCCCAUGGCGCAUCGUUUAGCUGCAAGCAUAAUUCGUGAAAAUGCUCAAUUGAGGGUUGAAAACAAUCAGUUGCAAAGCGAAAUCGCAUUCCGUGAGUUGCGUAUUGCAUCAUUAAAGAAUCGACGUUUGGCGGCCAUUCCAGCAAAUGCAUUGGAAGCAUUACGCAACAAACAGAAUGAAUUGCAGAACGAUAAACGCGAAUUUCAAGUAUUUUGUGAACUCCAAAUGGGUGAGAUAAAUAGUCGGACUGCUGAAUUGUUACAAAAAGAGGUACCAUGCACAAUGAAAUUAUUUUGCGUUCUUAGCAAUUAUCCAGUAAUGAAAAAUAAUUUUUCACUGCUUGUCAAUCAAAAAUUGAUUAAUAUUAAGAGAAAAGUAGAAAAUUUGCUGGCUGAGCUCAAAUCUCGUGAACAGCAGUUACAGGAGCAGUGGACUAAAUUUUAUGAGCUACACAAUUCGGAUUCGCCGAUUCAUCUCUCACAUGGUAUUAUGCGGCCUCUGUUAUCAUCGAUUGAGCAAUCAACAUCAAUACACAGUAUAGCACCGCUCAGCAAAUCUGCCAGUGGUUCGUCGAUACCACUACAUCUUGCGGAAAAAACUGCUAAAAUUCCACGUUCAAAAAAAUAA